AGAACGGCCGAAUGUAUGUAAACAAUGCAUGUUCUCUCCUGACACGACCUCCACUAAAGUUAUAUUAUUUCACUAUUUUAUUGUGGAGGAAAUUAAAAUUUUUCAGUCAAAUCAAAUUAUGCAAGUGAAAUUGGCAUGCAUGCUUGUGUAGUUUUUUCACUAGUUUCAUCGUGUCAUCGUCUGUUUACAAGUAGCACAUAAGUAUCUUAUGCGAUAUUCUUGCCCAAGUGUUAUAAUAUUUUAUUCUUGCCUUCUUUUUCACCCUCUCUGUUUAGUUUUUUCUGAUUGAUGAUUGGACAUUCAAUAUCAAAAUGUCCAAGUCGACCGAAACGUCAUAUUUUGCAGCAACUAUGUCUUGCCACAAGAUCCGUGAAGGAAGGGUGCUCCAAGCCUCCGACAGUAGGUUUACCAACAACAUCUUCGUUAUCAAGUAAAUUUGGAUCUCUGGCCUCUGAUCAUGUGCGUCAGAGUAGCUCUGUUUUACCUACUCAAGCUCAAGUCGUGAUCUGCGGAUCAGGCGUCGUUGCUAACUCAGUCGCUUAUCACCUUGUGCAGCAUGGAUGGACAGAUGUUUUGGUCAUCGACCAAGGAAGUAUCUGUGGAGGAACUUCAAAUUUUGGAUCCGGCACCCUAGGUCUAUUCAAACCAAUUGAUGAAAGACACAUUAUUUCCAACAGUAUUAAACUAUACCGACAACUUCAGGAAAUGGGACAUGAUAUAGGUCUUAAACAAGUUGGCAGUGUGAAUUUAGCCCAAACGAAAGAUCGAAUAAUCAUGUUGAAAAGACGAAUAGCCUACAAUCUGCCGACAGGUCUUCAUUGUGAGAUUAUUGGACCUAAUGAGCUACAGAAACUUCAUCCUCAUAUAUGUACGGAUAAUAUAUUGGGAGGCGUCUGGGUGCCAGAGGAUGCUGUUGUUGAUACCCUGUCUGUCUGCCGUGUUCUUGCAAAACUUGCUAAACAAGGAGGCGCAUCAUAUGUUGAGAAUUGCAUUGUUGAAAAAAUAUCUACUGAGAACAACUGUAUCAAGAGUGUCACCACCAACAGAGGAGAUGUAGACUGUGAAUACUUCGUUAAUUGUGCUGGAAUGUGGGCACGAGAACUAGGACUGAAAUCCGAGCCAAAGGUCAGGAUUCCCGUCUAUCCUGCUGAACAUUACUACGCAAAAACCACUCCAAUCUCUGGUAUCUCGGACAACUUACCUUACAUUCGAGACUUUGACUCUCACAUUUACAUGCGAGAAUACAAUGGUGGAUUCCUAGUCGGAGGUUUCGAGCCACAAGCAAAGCCUGCAUUUUUGGGUCAUAAAGGAGUUCCCGGUGAUUGGAAGAAACAGCUGCCUGCUGACUGGGAUCACUUCAAACCUCUGUGGCAAAAUGCAAUCCAAAGACUGCCAAUAUUAAAAGACGUUCCAGAACCAAGUUUAAUGAACUAUCCGGAUACUUUUACGCCAAAUGGAAAAUGGAUUUUAGGAGAAACACCGGAGGUAGAUAACUAUUUUGUUGCUGUUGGAAUGAACGGAAACUCUCUGCAAGGAGCCGGAGGAAUUGGAAAAGCGUUAGCUGAAUGGAUUGUAGAAGGAGAGCCAACUCAAGAAUUGCUGAAAUUUGAUGUGCAGAGGUUUCUUGAUCUUCAUAACAAUAGGAAUUAUCUUCAACAGAGGAUUCAAGAGGUUGUUGGAAGACACUACUCUAUCAUGUACCCCAGUCAAUCGGAAUUUCAGCUCGCUCGAAAACUUCGUUGCUCACCUCUAUACAGUGUUCUAGAGAAGAGAGGAGCUGUGUUUGGAAUGCGUAUGGGAUAUGAGCGACCUCUGUAUUUUGAUUCUUCCUACCAACCUGGCCAGCCUUUACCCACAAUGCCGCCAGGCACUUUCUUCAAGCCAAAGUUCUUCGAUUAUCUUCUGGAAGAGUAUUAUGCCUGUCGUGAAGGUGUGGGUGUGAUCGAUAUGUCAUCUUUUUCCAAGAUUAAAAUCAAGAUGCAAAAGCCCCCAAUUGACUCCGGGGACCUACCAUGGGAAAAUUUAGCUCAAACUCCGAGGAAUGUUGUAGACUGGUUGCAAAGGCUGUGUUCUAAUGAUGUGAAUAUUCCAGUUGGAGGUAUUGUGCACACCGGUAUGCAAAAUGAAAGAGGUGGUUACGAGAAUGAUUGUAUUCUUGUUCGAGAAGCAGAAAAUAGCUUCUUUAUGGUGUCUCCAACAAGUCAACAAACUCGUGUCUUUGAGUGGCUCAGAAGACAUCUUCCAACUGAUCACUCUGUGAGUCUAAAUGAUGUCACCUCUAUGUACACCGUCAUUAAUGUCGUUGGUCCAAAAGCUCGCCAGCUUCUUUCAGAACUUUCCAAUGUUGACAUCGAUUUACAACCAUUUACUUAUAAGAAAGUGAACGUUGGCUAUGCCUCAGAUGUUAUGAUGAUGUCUUUUACUCACACAGGAGAGCCUGGAUUUUGUUUAUACAUUCCCUCUGAAUACGCGCUACAUGUUUAUCAGCAGCUUGCGGCUGUGGGUGUAGAUUAUGGUCUACGGGAUGUUGGCACAAUCACUCAGCGAUGGAUGCGGAUAGAAAAGUUCAUUCCACUUUGGGGUGAAGAUUUAAACAGUUUUACAACUCCCUUUGAAUGUGGGAGUGGAUAUCGAGUGAAGCUAGAUAAUGAUUAUUUCAUGGGAAAAUUUGCUUUGCAAAAGCAAAAAGAGCAAGGAGUGAAGAAGAGACUCGUCCUUUUCCAGUUAGAAGGUAUCGAUCCAGAUAAAGAUGUGUGGGCCUGGGGCAGUGAGCCAAUUUAUCGAGACUCGGAAUUCGUGGGUAUCGUAACAUCAGCAGGGUUUGGAUUCACCCUCGGAAAACUAGUUUGCAUGGGAUACAUAAGACGUCCAGGACAAAGUCGACGUCACGAGCGGUUGGAUGGGCAUCACAACGAUCAAAUCGUCACCAACCAGUUCAUCAUGUCAACCUCCGCGCGGUAUGAAAUCGACAUAGCUGGGCAGCGCGUCUUGGCCAAACCGCAAAUUUACGCACCAAAAGCGACAUCAAUAAAUCCAUCUUCUGCAGGGCUCGAAACUCCUUACGUACCAAAAGUGGUUAUCUCCCACUCUAAUAAUCCAUGAUGCUCUCUGUUUUAAUAUGUUGAUUUUUAAAGAAUCUGUUUUUAAUUUUACGUGACCGGUGCGAUCGAUUAGAAAUUUUUGUUACUCUGUUAAGUUUCAAUAUUUUGACCAAGAAUGCAAAGCAUUGGCUUACAGAUUGGCAGUACAAGGUACUGCAAGUUUUUUUUUUUUUUAGCCUCUGUUGAAAAUUCAAGACAUCUUAUUGAAAAUAAAUUGUUUUUAUGAAAUUUUCAA